AGCUCCCUGCGUCCUGCCGGCCGGCGGGGAGGCGCCGAAGUGCCCGGAGGGAGCCCAGCGUGCCGGCGCGGACCCCCCGGCGGGAGGAUGCGCUGAGCCGCCCCAGAGGAGGGGGCGCUGCUCCCGCUCGGCCAGAUGGUAUUAUAAUGGAAUGGCAGCUGAGAAGAUGAGACUAUGAGUGAAGAGUGUGUCUUGGAGAUUGCAUGCAGUUCAUUUUCCUGGGUCAAAAGUGGAUUGGUUUGAGAACAAUAAUUAUGAGGCUGACGUGUAUGUUCUCCUUCAUCUUGCUGUUUGGAGCAGCGGGACUUGUCGUCUUCAUUCAUCUGCAGGAUCCAGAAGACAUAGUUCAUCAGCAGACACCAGGGAUAAAAUAUAACAUGGGACCCCAACAACCCAAAAAACAGGACUGCACUUCUAGCAACAAUCAUGACGUAAGAAUAAGAAAAUAUUCUGCAGAGGAAUUAGCAAUGGGAAACAAGAGAAGUUCAUUAUACUCACCUGUGAAUGGACCUACUAAGCUUCAAAGUACAGACAGAAAACAAAAUAUAAUGUUUGUGAUGAAAGACCAUCAAAAAAAAGAUGCAGAAGUUAAUCCUAUCGGGCUCCACAAACGGCGAAGGAGAUUUAUCAUUAAGAAGAGCCCUAUACUGAUUGCUAUGAACAGUUCUUCUCUCAACCUGCCUAUGCUUAAAUCUGAGGACAGAAACAACAACAAUUGGAAAAGUCUUUAUCAGAUCCAAAGAGAAAGAAAGAGAAUAAUGAGAGAUACUUGUUCCAAAUACAAGAGUAAUAACAGACGGAUAAUCACUCCUUAUCAUGUUUCCAGAAUAUUUGUAGAAGAUAAAUACAGAAUUCUAUACUGUGAAGUUCCAAAAGCUGGCUGUUCUAACUGGAAACGAGUGCUCAUGGUUCUCAAUGGGUUGGCUUCCUCCACAAAAGAUAUACAGCACAACACAGUGCAUUAUGGAAAUUAUUUAAAAAGGUUGGAUGGGUUUGAUCGCAAAGGGAUUUAUCACAGGCUCAACACUUACACCAAGAUGCUUUUCAUUCGCGAACCCUUUGAAAAGUUGGUAUCCGCAUUUCGGGACAAGUUUGAGCAUCCGAACAAUUACUACCACCCUGUUUUUGGAAAAGCUAUUAUUUCGAGAUACCGUGUCAAUGCCUCCAAAGAAGCAUUAAGGACAGGUUCCGGAGUCAAAUUUAAAGAGUUCAUUCAAUAUCUUCUAGAUGUACAUAGACCAGUGGGCAUGGACAUUCACUGGGAUCAUGUCAACAGGCUUUGCAGCCCAUGUUUAAUAGACUAUGACUUUGUAGGGAAAUUUGAAAGCAUGGAAGAAGAUGCAAAUUUUUUCCUGCAUUUAAUUGGUGCUCCACAAAAUUUAACUUUCCCUAGGUUUAAAGACAGACAUUCCAAUGAAGAACGAACCACCACUAAAAUUACACAGAGCUAUUUUGCACAGCUUUCCCCUGCUCAAAGACAACACAGUUAUGAUUUUUAUUAUAUGGAUUAUUUGAUGUUUAACUAUUCAAAACCUUUUGAAGAUUUGUAUUAGAAAGUAAGAGACACUUCUAUUUCAUAUCAGCUGAAUUACAUAAUAGAUACUGGUCUUGGUACACUGAUGCUCUAGAAGCACAUCACUAUUAUAUUUUCUAAGAAUAAUCAGUGGAUUCAUGCAACAUAGUAAAACUGAUAGCUUUUCAUGUACAAAAUCUCAUUUUAGAAAAUUUACCAUAAAUAACAAAAAUUGACUUUUACAUUUGGCCUGAAAUAUCAAAGAAAAACGGGAAAUACAAAGUCCUUAUGCCUCCAUGUGGUGUCUCCUAGAUGUUACCGUCUGUUUAGCAAAGGGUCAGUUAAAGAGCAUUUCCACAGCAGCAAAAAAUAAGUAGCAGAGCAUAAAUGAUUUACAAUUAGUGACGUUUACAUCUGCCCCUUAACUUCCUCCUUUAAAUCAUAAUUUUUCUACGGUUUCUCCAUGUGAUAAUAUACAUCAAGGCUCCUAAAUAAAGCACAUGAUUUUCCAUUCUGGUGGUUAUUUGUGUUUGCAUUGGAGGGUGCCAAGAAGAGUGGGUGAAGAGGUGGGGAAAGCAGCUGAAAUCCUGUGGUGGAUCCAAUAGUCUAUUAAAUUCCUGUUAUGAUGAGCUCUUUAAAAUACCAUAAGAAAAAAAAGUGCUGUUUCAUUAACAGCUUUACAGUUCCUUGCAAUCCGCAAUGCAUGCAACCAUACACCAGGAAGGCCUUAUAAAUUUGAAGCUGGACACAGAUUUCUAAUUACUUUCUGUGAUUACCAAAUUAAUUAGAAUAAGAGAAAAUGUGUUACAAUUACAGUACAAUGUUGAAACAUGUUCUAGUGAAAACAUUAAUACUUAGUGACCAUGUGAGUGCAGUGUUAAAGCAGAUGUUGCAAUUCAUAGAGUGAGAAUGUAUUGUCUCCCUUCCAUAUUCCCCUUAUGCCACAUUGAUCUUCAAGAAGAUAAAAUGCAAGAGAAUAUUUACAUCUUUAUGCAUGUUAUUAAGAUUCUUUUAAUCCUUUGCAUUAACAAAUCUUUAAUUUAGUUUGUAUAGUGACCAGGAAUAUCAAAUGUUUCCUUUAACGUGGCAAAUAAAUGUAAAUUCAACUUCCUGCCCAUCAGGAUUUAUUUUGGUUAAAAUCAGAUUUCAGUUCACAGCAACAAGCAGAGCAUAUUUGUUUGUUGUUUCAUUUUGUUCAUUAUUUUCUAUAUUUAACUGUAGUUUUGCUAUGUUUUCUCUCAAGUAGAAACUUCCAUGAGGUUCAAAUGUUGGAGAGUUACAACAGCAGCAGAACAUCCAUGUUAACUUUAUAUAAACUAUUGCUGUCUAUGUGUGGCCAGUUAACCAGCUGUACUGGUUUUGAAGUCAAUGCUAUUUUCAGUUAGGUGAGCACAUUUGAAUCAGUCUCCAUUAGUCAAUCCAAAAAUUGUAAGCCUCAGUUACAACUCAGGUUCUAGGUUCUGUAAUUAGCUGCUGUAUAAACAUUGGAUAAUGCAGACCUCAAGAAGAGCUCUGUGUAAACUCGAAAGCUUGCGUCUCUCACCAGCAGAAGUUGGUCGAAUAAAAGGAUUACCUCAUCCACUCU